AUGUCCAUCAACUCCGACCUGCUGAACGAGAUCCUCGAUGAAGAGAUUGCUGCAGGAUCCCGUGGCCGCGGCAAACCCCGUGGUCGUCCACGCGGACGAGGAUCUGGACGAGGACGACGCGGCUGGAAGUGGGCAAUCAAAGGAACAGAGCACGAUCCUAAGGUGGCCGCAAGGGGUCGUGGCCGAGGUCGAGGCAGAGGAAAUGCUGUCCCACGUGGAGAAGGUCGUCGGAAGAAUGGCGAAAAGAGAAAUACUGUCGCAGAGCCUGAUCCCGUCUUCAAGAGAUUGCAGUCACUCGCUACGCAAGCCUUCUUGAAUAACAACUAUCAGGCUGCAGCAGAUUACGCCCGUGACGCCGUCAAGGCCAACCCCGAAAUCUUCGUUGCCCACAGUUUGUUGUCCGAGAUUCUUCUGGCCCAGGGCAAGGACCAGGACUCACUGACUGUGCUUCUGCAUGGUGCCCACACAAGACGUGAUCCUGCUCUCUGGUGGACUGUCGCUGAACGUACGCUGGAGCUGGCAGGAGACAAUCGCUCUCCCUCGGUCCUGGAACAGGCUAUCUACUGUUUCGCGUGGGCUAUCAAGCUUGAUCCUGACGAUUAUGAUGCUCGCCGCGAGAAGCUCAAUCUGCUCCUCGAAUCCGACCAACCUGCAAGAGCAAGAGGAGAAGCCAAGAUGAUGGUUCGCCAGAAGCCACAUGAUCUCAACAUCAUCAAACAAUACGCUGAUCUGUGUGCUUACUCGGCAAGCACACCUGAGAUCCAGCGUGCAAAGGAUGCUUACGAUACUGCGAUCAAUUUCUACUUCAAAGGCAGAUCUCUUGGAGUUCCGGAAGCGCAAUGGUCACAUCUCAACGUCUACCUUGAUCUGGUCGAGAAGUGUGAGAAUGCUGCACAAGCAGCCUUCCAUCUCAAGAAGCUGUCGAGAUGGUUGCUCGGAAGAAAGGAAGAUACCUUCUGGGACAGUGUGACUGGAGACGACAGAGAAUUCGACAACGACGACGUGCCUCGAAGAAUACAGAUUCCCGAGUUCAAGUACAGUCGAUUUGCAAACAAGAAGGAGAUGUACGGACAAGGUCUUCCUCUGGAACUGCGCGUCAAACUCGGUCUCUUCCGUGUCAGGAUCAGCAGAGCGGAUCUCCCUGAGGCCAUGCGUCACUUCCAGCAGCUCCUAAACCUCAAAAGCGAGGUUGCAGACUACUUUGAUCUGUUCAGAGAUGUUGCCGAGACUCUACUCGAGCAAACUUAUCACGCCGAGGCCAUCACCUUUUUCGAGCCCAUCAGAUCAGUGCCUGAGGCAUGCGAUCACGAGUACUACAUGAAGCUUGCAGACUGCUACAUGAUGUUCAGCCGCAACGCAGACGCAGAGUCGUGCUGGAAGUUUAUCGUCGACAACGACCCAGAAGAUAUCAAGUCACGUAUUGCUUUGGCCAAGCUGUAUGAGGCCGAGCAGAGAAUGGCAGAGGCUGUUCCAUUAGUGCAUGAGGUUAUCAGACUCGGCCGAAGUGAUGCAGUAAAGAAGGCCAAGAUUACUGACGACGGGCAAGAUGAUGACGUCGAAGACGAGGAGGAGGACGAAGACGACGACAACGAUCUACGAUUCAUCGCCUUCCACCCUGGUAAACGCGGUCGUCCAAAGACAGCAAAACCCAAAGCCCCCAAAGCACGCGUCUCUCAAACCUACGAACGCCUUCAACAGCAAGAUCAGCGUAUAAAAGCCAACCACGUCCUCGUCAACUCCGCCCGAGAAACCCUAGAUGAAGACGAAGACGCCCUACAAACCUACUUCGAAGCCGCCCAGGAAAUGCUCGACGACUUCAAAACCGUACGUGCCUUCUACCCAGGCCGCGAUAAACACAUCAAGUUCACCGGCUACGGGCGCAACACCAAAAACGCCAUCGUCACCGAAAUGGAAGCCAUGAAGAAGCGACUCGCUGAAGACAACGGCAUGGACAUCGAUGAUGAUACCGUGGACGAAAGUAUCCCUGACAACUUCCACGAUAUAAAGUUUACUGAGUGGUUGGACAUGUUCUGCGAAUACGCAUUGUUGCUCGCUAAAUCUGGCGACCGAGAGAAAUGCUACGAGGUAUUGACUUCGGCGUGGAGCUGUACGGUAUUCUACCAUUCACUCACCCACAAGACGCAAAUCCACGCCAUGUGGAUGGCCUGCGCCUUGCUCCUCAACGACGAGCAAAAAGUCUGCGAAGUAGGCCGGUUCUUCAUCAUCGAAUGGCCCCACAGCGGCGCCGCCUACCAAAUUUUCGCAGCCGUAAACCGUCUCUUCGCUGGCUACAGUAACUGGUUCAACAGCGGCCCAACUCAAAAGUUCAUCUUGCGGCAGGUAAAAGCACUAGAUUACGCACUGCUGGACCCGGAGUCUCGCGCUGCAUAUGCAUUUACAGGUCAAGAACGCAGCUCCUACACUCAUGCAGGAAAACGCGAUGCCAAUCCCCAUCAACUCCCCGACCUCGAUGCUGGUGUGAUUUCCCUAUACGGCCACAUCAUGGCAGCAGCACAAUCCUGGACGUCAGCUCUAAACUACUAUUUCCGCGCUUUGACCCUCGACCCUCUGAAUAUUUCCACAAACCUGUGUAUUGCAACUGCAUACUUGCAAAUGGCAAUGAAACGCCAAUCAGAGAACAGACAUUGGCAAAUCUAUCAAGGCGUGGCGUUUCUGGAGCGAUAUGUGGAACAGCGGUUGAGCACUGGACAGAAAAUCCACGAGCAGGAGGCCAGAUACAAUAAAGGCAGGGCUUGGCAUCUUUUGGGAAUCAUGCAUUUGGCUAUUCCAGAGUAUGAGAGGUGUUUGGCGUUGGCCGAGGGGGUUAGGGAGGAAGCGAGGGAGAGGAGGGGGCAAGAAGACAGUGAUGACGGUGUAGAUGGUGACGAAGAGGAGGAAGUUGAUCCAGAGGAGUUUACGCAAGAGGCGGCGUUUGCGUUGAUGCAUAUCCUUGCUAUGAACAGCAAUGAGAAGGCGGCAAAGAAGAUUGCGGAUGAGUAUCUCGUUCUCUGA